AUAUGCUGUGUCAAAAAAUGCCUUUAAAGCAGAGGUGGGAGUAAGUAACAUAUAGUAUGUGCAAGUCACAAGGUAGUAUCAGGCCUGAACCUUCAAGUAAGUCCCACGUUACUGGGGCAAAAAUCAAGCAAGUCAAGUUGAGUCCGAACUAAAUUUCAAGUCAAGUGAAGUCAUUAUUUGGGAAAAGCGAGUCAUAAGUCAUAAAAUAUUGCUCAGUCACAAGGUAUAGUCACACGUUAGCCACUUUGCCCUUAGUCAAGUCGAGUCUUUCAUAAAGUUUGGCCAAGCAACCCUAAUUUGGUGACUUGAGUCAGACUUGAGUCAAGUCAUGUGAUCAGAACUCACCACAUCUGCUUUUAAGUCACAUGAAACAAAAAUGUGAUUAGAAAUAUGCCUUAAAAAUAAAAAUUUGACCCAAAACAUUUGCAAAAAGAAAAAUCAUCAUUAGGAGUGGAUAACUUUAAAUUUGCAUGAUAGCUUUAAAUUUAAAAAAAAAAAAAACUGACAGUUGAGACUUGAAAUGUUACAUAAAACAUUGCCUGUAGGGUUCAUAAAAGUUAUAUGAUGGAGUCUUCUAUUUUCAUUAUUUCCUAUGGGAAAGAAUGUAUCAGAGUCCAAACAAAUCCUUAUUUUGUACGUACUAUAUGAGUCUCAAAGUAGAAAGGCAAAGCAACGAGACAGGAAGUGAUUCUUCACUCUUGGAAUAUGUGUGUAAGUGUGUUUGAAAAGUCUGAAAGAGGGUUGGGGUUGAGAGAGGGCGUCUCUCUCCUGGUCCCUCCCUGGCCCAGCCCAGCCCGGCCCCUUCACACAGGGCAGUAUCCUGUAGUAGGUCCCUAAAGUGGAAAGUCAUUCAGGCCCUGGUGAAUGGAGCGUGUCUAAGCAGAGACAUUGGAGGACUUAACUCGCAGCACUAAAAUAUGACAGCCCUGCAAUCUGCCCUGGUGGGCGCCAUCCUGACCCUGCUGAGCUUCGCUGACCCCAGCAAUGGAGAAUCCUACUUUGGGGACAGCUUCUGCAGUAUCCAAACCUUCCAAGAUGUCUCCAGCUUCCAUGUGACACUACAGAUGAAGACAAGUCGAAGAAGUGGCCUACUGCUCCUGGCUGCUGGAAUGGAGGAUUACCUUUUCAUUGAGCUCCUAAAUGGCAAAAUACAGGCUCGGAUGAACAUGGGUGCAGGCGAGGUGAUCCUGUCAUCAUCUCAAGGUCUCCAACUGAACAACCUCCUGGAACACAAAGUUUCCCUCACACUGCAGGACACAAAGCUCACCAUGACAAUUGACGAGCUCUUCUCCACGUACGUCCCUGUUAGCAAUGAUGGGGAGGAACUGAACAUUGACCAGGGCAUUUGGCUGGGAGGAACCGGAGAUCUUGACACUCCCUACCUUAGCAACGCCAUUCCGCCUUUCCGUGGCUGCAUGACUAACGUCAAAUUCGAGUCCCAUGAAUUUGAUAUUCUCGGUACACUCUUUAAACAGUGCCAUGACACAAAGGAAUCUUGCAGUAGCGAGUUUGAGGCAGGUGACGGAGAGGCAACCAGUUUCAGCACUCCUGAUUCUUUUGUCUCCUUUCCCACUUGGAGUGGUGCUAGCGGCACACCAAGAGUUUUGGAAUUCCUCAUGAAAACCACCAUUGAAGAUGCCCUUCUUGCAUUUCACCCCGGGAUAGAGACAGAUUUCAUCGCUAUUGGUGUUGUGAAAGGCUAUAUUAAAGGUGUGCUGGACUAUGGCAAGGGCAUGGAGGUGCUGGAGAACAAUGAGGUGCAACUGGAUGAUGAUCAGUGGCAUAGAGUUAAGGUCCAAGUUGGUCAGGAUUCGUUUGACAUUAACAUAGACAGCCAGAUUGUCUCCCUUCCUCUUGACUCUACACAAAAAUUGGAUUUGGUAGGAAAUUUGUAUUUAGGAGGCAUUCAGGCUAAAAUGAAGGACAUCUUUCGUGACAGUGACUUAUUAAAUCGUGCAGAGGAGGAGAUGACCGCUGAGUCCUUUAUUGGAUGCUUGGGUGAAAUCAAAGUCAAUCAGAAGGAUAGAAGCCUGCAGGAUGCGCUGGUGACUAAAGAUGUUCAUGUCAAAUGUGAAGGAGAGGACUAUGACUAUUCCAGUUAUUAUGACAUUGACACAACAACAUCCCCACCGCCUCGCACCCAGUAUGUUGAUAUUGAACCAACAGAACCACAUUGCUACCCAACAGAUGACAUGCCAGUGAUAUUCAAGAACGUGACCAAGCUCCUUGAUGUGACGCCGUUGCUUGUGCCAGAAGGUGGAGAGGUUUUUCUUGACAUUGACCACCUGAGCCCGACCUUUGACCUUAGUGCUGCAGGAAUGCGUCAGUCUCAGAUAAUCUUUUCUCUCAAGACUGACCCAUGGUAUGGUCUGCUUGACAUGAAUAUCAACACAAAACGCAUGCAAAAAUUCACUCUACUGGAUGUUGUAAACCAGAAAAUCAAGUAUAUGCACGAUGGACAUGAAAGGCAUUCAGAUCGAAUUCACCUGGAGGUGGUUGUAAGCAGUAAUGACUACCUCCCAGAAUGUCUUAAAACACCGCAUAGUUAUGUGUUACCAGUUGAAAUAAUUCCUGUUAAUGACAUUUCACAACUGAGUGGAGGAGAAAUCACCAUUGCAGAGAAUGGCAGGACUCGCUUGAGCAAGGCUCUUAUCAAAAACACGGAUUCCGACGCCCACUGUGAUAACUUGCUGGUAACCGUGAAAUCAGAGCUUUCCUUAGAAACUGGUUAUCUUGAGAAAAGUCAGGAACCAGAACAAAGCAUCACAGAGUUUACUUGCAGGGAUCUGAAGGAAGGGAAUAUCUAUUAUGUGCAUAAAGGGGGUGAAGCCAAUGCAAUUACCCUGGAAGUAUCAGAUGGUCAAUCUGUCAGCCACUCUGCAACUUUCAAGUUGGUUUUGACACAGCCACAUAUGACUGUUGUUACCAACACUGGCCUUCUCUUGGCUCAAGGCAGCAAUGCUUCUAUCGGCGUUCAUAAUUUGGCAGUCCUCACGCAUCCUCGUAAUGGAGAUGUCAUAUAUAACAUCACACACCCACUCAUAUAUGGGGAACUGAAGAUCAUGACAAGUGAUGGGAUGUUAAAACCAGUCAAAGAGUUCCAUCAAUCUGAUCUGGAUCAAAACUACUUAAGGUACUUCAGCACAGAUUCCAGUGACCAGGAAGAUGUUGUUGUUGAACGAAUUCAGUUUGACACGCACCUGGGAACAUUCUCCCUCAGGAAUAACACAUUUUUAGUCAAGAUCAUGCCUUCUCCAGUGAAACUCACUACCCUAGUGCCAAUGGAGAUGCAGGCUGGUGAAGAGCAAACAAUCGGGUACACUGAGCUUCAAGCUGAAGUAAAAGGAAGAAACCCAGACCCAGAAAAUGUUAUGUACAUCCUUGUUAAGCCUCCGACACUGGGUAGUCUCCAGUUAUUGGACACAGAGUUGAAUGAAGGUGAUACCUUCACCCAGAGAGACAUUUUGGACAAUUAUAUCAGCUACAGAGUUGUAGUGCGAAGGGCUGUUGACACUACAGAUCAAUUCCAGUUCAAAGUCUUUGCAGAGGAUCAAUACUCCCCGUUAUACACAUUCCCAAUCAGCAUCCUUGCUGAUUCUGAUGCCCCUGUUCUGACCAAUGAGAUGCUAACGGUCCUACAUGGCAGUGAACAUGUUAUAAACAAGAAACACCUUUGGGUGGUAACAACAGGCUCUUCAGAUUUUAUGUACCAGGUCAAUCAAGAACCAAAACACGGACGGCUCAUAAGGGACUCCCCUCCAGGGCAACCUCGAUUCGAAGGAGCAAUUCGAGUGUUCAGUAAUGAAGACCUCCAACUUGACAGACUUAUAUACCAGCACGAUGGUUCUCGGACAGAUAACGAUGAAUUCCACUUCACAGUAUUUGAUCAGGGAGCAGACAGAUUUGGGAUACAGGAAACAAUAAGUGAUGUUUUCAGGAUAUUUAUCCAAAGCAAGAAUGAACAUGCUCCAAUGCAGGUUGUGGAUAAAGUUUUCAACAUGGUCCGCCAUGGACAGCGCUUGCUAACGACUGAUGAUAUCCGUUUCAAAGAUGAUGACUCUGGUUUUAAUGACUCCCAGAUUGUCUAUGCUCGUGAGGGUAUCCUUUCUGGCAGUAUUGUCGCCGCACAGAAUCCCUCACAAUCCCUUUUCCGUUUCACCCAAGCUGACCUGCGAGAUAAAAAUGUUCUUUUUAUCCACCAAGGAGCAGAUCAGGAACGCUUCCCACUGCAAGUAUCUGAUGGCUUUCACAAAACAACUGCUCUGCUGCAGAUUCAAGCCGGCGAACCCUACUUGCGUGUGGCGAACAACACAAUCAUUGUCAUUGACCAUGGUAGCACUAAGACCCUUGACACAACACUGCUGAGUGCCGAGUCCAACAUGGAUAUCAGGGAUGAGCGUGAGAUUACGUAUCAGGUGACAUCACCCCCCAGUGACGGCAGGAUUAUUGUAAGCGGGAUUGAGGCACAAGAAUUCACCCAGGAGGACCUGAAAAAGGGAGUUGUUUCCUAUGAACAUAAUUACGAGAGUCUGAGGUCUAAGGAUGCCUUCAACUUCACAGUCCGAGCAAGAGAACAUUCAGAAGAGGGCACAUUCAGGAUUAAAAUAUUCAAACAAGGUCACUUCUCAGAGCCUGAGGUGAUUACCAAUGAAGUCAUCAUUUCCUAUGAGGGCGAGCACACCGUUGUCAACUCAGAUUUUGUCAAGGUGGAGCAAGCUGACAUUAUGCCUAUAGAAAUGGUGUUCACCAUCAAAGAACCACCUCGCCUCGGUCAUGUGGUCAAGUUGACUAACAGCACAGACGGCACAGACUCGCCAGUCCUCGACUAUAUUCACUCGUUCACGCAGGACGACAUUGAUCACGGACGCAUUCUUUACGUGUCUGCAUCCAUCCAGGGCGUUGACACAUUUACCAUGGAGGUCAGCAAUGGUUUUACCACAGUGGAGGACCUGCACAUCACCGUGAACAUCGUGCCCCGAAUCAUCCCCAUUCAGUCCUUCAAUUUCACAGUGAAGGAGGGCCUCAGCAUGGUCAUCAACGAAGAAGUCAUCAACAUCUUCCAUCCCUUCUACAAAUCCUUCAACAUUGAAUUUGUCGUGGAAGAGCCGCCAAAGCACGGCGAGAUCCGUUUCCAGGAUGGAGACGAGCUGACUUAUUUCACUUGGGAAGAGAUUAAACUCGGACACAUCUACUACGUGCACGACAGCAGCGAGAGCACAGAGGACAGCUUCACUAUCUCCGCCUCAGCUUAUGAGAUCAACCGACGCAGCCUUCCCAUCACCGUCGCCGUGACUGUCUGGCCCAUCAAUGAUGAGCCGCCGAAACUGAUGCGCAACACCGGGCUUGAGGUACUCGCCGGCGAGGAGGCCGACAUCACGCCCAGCAUGUUGAAAACCGAGGAUGCCGACACCCCCGCCGAGGAAGUCUAUUACAGCGUAGAGUCACCAUCCAACGGGAUGGUGGCAUUCAAAGACUUCCCCGAUGAGGCCGUUUUCAAUUUCACACAGGCCCAAAUUGACCAUGGGGAGGUCAUCUUCAUUCACGAGGGUGAGGAGUCUGGCGGUUUCAGUUUCACGGUGACAGACGGCGAACACACGUCUCCCCUCUACAGAUUUGUCGUCACGGCCAGGCCCCUCACCAUCACCAUGGUAACGCAAGAGGAGCUCAUGGUGUUUCCAGGAACGAGGCAACCCAUCACGAGUGCCAAUCUGGGUGCUGUGACAAACGAAGACGGAAACGAGAUCAGCUACUCGCUGGUCCACCCUCCUCGUUUGGGACGACUUAUCCUGGCCAACGCCAAAAAACAAAUGGAGGAAAUCAGUCGAUUCUCCCAAACACAGCUGGAGUCUGGAGGGGUUUUCUAUGAGCACCAGAUGCCCGAGGAGCCCUUCUGGGUCGUGAGGGACUCAGUGGAGCUCAUUCUGUCCUCUCAGCCCGCCCCGGAUGUCCGUCACGUGCUACCCAUCACCAUCUCCUACUAUGCAACGCACAGCAACAUUUCCUCACAGCUGUGGAGGAACAAAGGUCUGGAAAUCGUGCAAGGCCAGAGGAAAACGAUCGAUGAUUCCAUCCUUGACGCUUCCAACCUCCAGGCCAGCAUUCCCGAGCCGGAGAGCGCAGACGUGGUCUUCGAGAUUAAACGUUUCCCUGCCCAUGGACGGAUCACCCUCGGGGGUCGUGACCUACCCCAGGAUUCGCCUUACUUCACGCAGGGGGAUGUGACACGCAGAGAGCUGGAGUACCUCCAUGAUGAUUCAGUGGGUUCUUUUGACAGCAUUUCCUUCAGGGCCCGUCUGAGGUCUCGGGCUGAUGGCGUGAUCUCCGACUCUGUAAUCCUGGAGGAGAUCUUUAACGUCUCCAUCAAACGUCGGGGAACUGAGCCCCCUGAGCUCGUCACCAUUGACCAGCUACUGGAGGUUCUGCAAGGAUCUAUGAACCUUGUGACCCGGAAGCAUUUGAACACUCACGACGAAGACAGCCCGCCAGAUGAGGUCCACUUUAAGGUGACCAAGGCCCCGAGAAAUGGGCAUCUAGUUGACGCCCACACCAUGGACACCCUCUCUGAGUUCACCCAGGAGAUGAUCAACAGUGAGCAGGUGGGCUUUCACAGCGAUGGCAGCCUUGCAGACGGCUUUGUGGAAUUCAUCGUGUCGGAUGGAGAGCAUCAAACGGAGCCACAAACCCUUCACAUCGGAAUCCUAGCUCGCACUCUUAUUCUGGACAAAGCGCCGGAGAUCAAGGUGAAGCAAGGAGACGACGAGACUCUGGUGACCGAAGAAAUGCUGAGAGCGACCACCGGUGGUCCCGUGGAGGAGGACGUCAUCUACAAGAUCACGAGUGUUCCCAAGUAUGCGGCUGUCAUGGUAGACCGGCAGCCCACGUCAGCCUUCACCCAGAAACAGAUCAAAGAAGGAAGAGUCAGCGUCCGCUUUGUGAAGUCCACUUCGCCUCGUGACAGCGUUGCUUUUUUCGCUCGCAGUCGGGCGGCGAAUGUGUCGUCUGUUCUCAAUAUCACGGUCCAGCCUCUGGCUAAGAUUGCUCAGGAUCCUCUUCUACCUGAAGGCUCUCUUGUUCAACUCGACAGGAAGCUUUUGGACGCAACCCCCCUGGCAAACAAGACCAGGACCUCCCCUACGUUCACAGUAAUCCAGCAGCCACAGGGAGCUCGAUUUGUCAGGUCUGGCGGUCCUGGUGCAGGCCAGCCUGUGGACUCGUUCAGCCAGCGGGACCUGGAUGAAGGACGUAUUGCUGUAGAAAUCCCCAAAAGCUCCUCCAAGUCCCAAGAUGGGGUCACUCAGGAUGAGGCCCGUUUCUUGCUUAAGGCUCACGGGGUGCCUCCAGCAGAGUGUGUGCUUUCCUUUCAAACUGGCCCCUACAAUGCCUCUGGUGUCUACCCUGCUACUCUGCUGAGGGUUCCCUCAGAAGCCCCAACAAAAGACAGUGAGGACAAGCCCAAUGUGGUUGUGUACCCCCUUGCAACCUCCGAAAGCCCUCGGUGGAAAGCCAACCAGGACCAACCCCACGGGAAUGCCCAUACCACCGCAGCCCCCUCUGACAGCAACUCCCACAGGGACCCUGUGGUUUCUCGACGCGGUAACAUCUGGUCCAUUCUCAUCCCCAUCCUCGUCAUCCUCAUCCUCCUGCUCUUGGCAGCCCUCUUGGCAUACUAUCUGGUCCGUAAAAACAAGACGGGUAAGCACAACGUCCAGACGGCGGGAGCGGGCAAGCCGAAAAACGGCGAAGUAGCGAGCACGGAAACCUUUCGGAAAACCGACCCGGCCAAUAACAUCUCCAUGUCUAACAUGGAUUCAAAAGAGGCUGACCCGGAGCUGGUGCAGGACUGUCGGACGACAACUCCGGUCUUGAAAAAGAACCAGUAUUGGGUUUGAGACUUGGAAACCCCCUGCCAGAGGUGGAUCCUUAAGUGUUUGGAGUGCCGCUUCCUCCAAGUCUUCUUCUCAGUAUUAAAGACUUCUUGCCACCGCAGUUUGAUGGAUUUUUGUUUUUUGACGCCAACGGCCGCAUACUUAUCUCGACUCAACUGUGGACUGAUUCUCAGGCAACAAAACACUGAAUAGUUGUUUGGCAAGGCGAGAGGCAGUUUGUUAUCUUCGAAUGCCAUGUAUAUUUAUUUUAUCAUUCCUCUCCGUCAAAGAGCACAAAUGACAUAAACAUGCUGCGUGUUUGCAAAAAAGAAAGUAUUCUGGGUGUCCGCAAUCAUUUUACAUGUAUAUCAAAGGCCCGCAUUACUUGUUCACCGUUUUCAAAGUAGAUUAGCUUACAGCUCAUAAGGUGAGCUGUUAAAAGUGUACAUAAAUGAUGAAGUAAACACUUAGGUACUGUAUAUGGACAAUGACAUUUUCAUUAUUUUUGCCUUUACACACCACCACAAUGGAUUUUGAGUAAGACAAUCAACGUGAGUGAAGGGUAAACUUCCAGCUCUAAUUGAAUCCGUUUUAUAAAGAAUUUUCUAUUUUCAUGGACUUUUUUGAAGAUGAAGAAAUUGGAUGUUCUUCAGUGGCCUGAUCACAAGUCAAUACCUGGCAAAGAAUUUCUAGCGAGGAAUGUCGAAUUUGGUGACAUCCAUGUAGCUUCAAAUUUGAGGGACUCAUUGACAAUACAGACCCUGAAGAUGGAGGUAUUCUACAUAAUAUGGUAAUGAUCCCUGAAUGGUACAUACAGUAUAUACACUUAAGUUGCAGCGUAUUUGCUUUAUUUCAAAAUCCAUCAUGGUGGUGGAUAUUGUCCAACUACUAACUGUACUGUAACUUUAUAUGUUGUCUUGUCCAGAAGAUUUCAAACAGCCUUUUGCCUCUUCUGUGCUUUCUGGUUUGUUUGUUUUCCCCCUACCCGACCCCGACCCCCACUGUUUCUCAGGGCUAAAUUCAGUUUAAUGUCAUCACUCGAAACAUUUCAGCAGUUUGUCUUUUUAUAGAUUAUUUGGUACUAAAAAUAAAUAAACUUUCAAACUUGAAUUUAGCUCCAAGGACUGACCAUUUCUGCUUCAAAAGUUCUGGUGAGCUUCCUUCACUUGACCGGACCGGCAACACAAAGCGGACAGGAAGUUUGGUGUUAAACACAUCUCGACAGGCUGAUGAUGUGAGACUUCCACAGAUGCUGUUUGGCGCUGGGGGUGAUUGAUCAGGAUCGGAAUGACGACGACACAGUCCGGUUUGUCUCGCGUUCAAAGCACUCCGUGCUGUAUGUAAGCUAAAUAUAGUCGCGUACUGAGAUAAUGAACAUUUUUAUUUUGUAACGAAGACUUUUACUUCCUUGUUCCUUUCUGAUUGGUGAAUGUUGAUUGGAGGUUAAAAGGUAAUGUAGAACUUGACCAGGGAUGGGGAACCUACGGCUCGCGGACCAUUUGCGGCCCUGCGAGAGCAUUUGAUUCGUAGAAACAAAUCAAAGUGGCUCUUAUGAAAAUAUUUAACCUAGAUGCUCAUAAUAAUAAUAAUAAUUGAAGAAUGUGAUUGUUGUAUCAGAAAUUCAUCUAUUUAGUAUGGCCAUUCAUUGGAGGGGAAAAAGGUUCCCCAUCCCUGAACUACACUUUAAAUCUUUUUUUUUUUAACCAUGUACUGAAAUGUCUUGACAUCUUAAAUUGUUGGAACAUGUUGAGGAUUUUUUUUCUUUUUUUUCUUCUUUUUCGCUGUUGGGACAGAGCUCAGUAAGUGAUGUGUUCAAAGACACUUUGUAUUUCCUGUGAAAUGUUUGGGUUUUCUUAUUUCUCAAUCCCCCCUCACAUUUUAUCUAUUUUUUUUGUGUAAAUAAUCUGUUUCAUUUGGGGGUUUCUAUCUGUCUCGGUGUUUCGCUGUACUCUAAUUAAACAACAUUUAAUGAAGA